AUGGACCAAGAGGAAGCUCUUUAUGCUAGUGAUGAAGUAACACUGCUUGUCACGAUCCGGACACUGACUGUCAUAAGCUUUCAGGAGAUAAGCAAGCAAAAGUUCGUGCCGGCUGAUCCCAAAGCCCAUUGGGUGCCUGACGAAAUGGUCACGGCAUGCUCGGUUUGCCACGAGGCGUUUUCGGUGACGAGAAGGAAGCAUCACUGUCGGCAUUGCGGAAAAGUGGUCUGCGCGCAGUGCAGCGAACACCGAGUCGUGGUGCCUGGUGUUGUAGCGAAAGUCCGAGUUUGUGAUGCCUGUGAGCCUCUGUACUCUGACCUUCGCAACUCCGCCUUGGGCGAACAGUUGGAUGCUCGUGAGCAAAUAAACGAGAGUUUGAAAGCAGCGUUGAAGGAAAAAUACGAGGAAGUUGAAGAGUUCAAGACCUUUCUCCUGGCAAUGACCGAAGGUAUGGCACCGGUCAACAACCAGGAAGGAUUUUCGGGGAGCACUGGGUUCUCGCCGGAAUCAGAUCCUGAUCGAGUUGAUUUCCGAGAGCUGAUGACCUUCGUUGACUCGAAUCAAAGAGAAAUGCGGAAAAAUUAUGAGAAGCUGAGCCGUGACUUUGAUGCUGAACAUUCUGAGAGGGUCGAGAAGGAGCGGAAUGCUCGACUGCUUGCCCAACGUUGUUUGCGAGCUGAGAGUGAAUGCCAGAAGUUACGGAAUGUAGAAGAUGAAAGGCAGCAAGCACGGGACGAGGCUGACAGGCAGAAGACCAUAAUAGAAGAUCUCAGGGACCGAAUAAAUCGGUUAAGCUUGAAGCUGAAGCGGCUGAAGACCGAUCAGUACGAUCUGCCGAGCAAGAUGACCGACGAGUUCCAACCCCCUGGUAUUCACCUAGGAUUGAAGCCUCGCGGUCCUAUCUUAUUGCGAGCGGCGCCCGAGAUAGUCCCCCAAGUAAUGGAGAUAGUAAUGAACGUUGUCGUAAUUGCAAACGAAUGUGCUCUAUUCAAUGAAUAA